CGACAUUCUGACUUGCAUUCGAACACAACAGUCUUCCAGAAGUUUCGUUUCAUCUCACAACACUCAUACAGUUGAUAAGUCGCCUCCGUGGCGUGAGGAACCAAUCAGAGGCGGUGUUAUUGGACAGGCAGCAAGUUUCCACAAACAAAACACGGCAAGGGAAGCUACCUGGACGAAAUCGAGUGAUAUUGGAAUGUCUCCUUAACAGGACCCAGUUUAGUAAUCCGAGAGGUUGCUGUUGUAUUGACAAUGGCAACAUCCAGUGUCAAGAAAGUGUCAUGGAAACUACAAGAUGUGGUGGCUCACCCAAGCAACGUGUCAUCACUGGUGUUGGGUAAAUCAUCAAGUCGCUUGCUGGCAACGGGAGGGGAAGACUGCAGUGUCAAGAUCUGGGCUGUCAACAAACCUAACUGCAUUAUGAGUUUGACAGGCCACACAAAACCUGUGGAAUGUGUCCAGUUCAGUGCCUCAGAGGAGCAGGUGGUAGCUGGCUCUCAGUCAGGCUCUCUGCGGAUCUGGGACUUGGAAGCUGCUAAAAUAUUUCGGACACUGAUGGGUCACAAGGCUAACAUCUGCAGUGUAGAAUUUCACCCGUAUGGGGAAUACUUGGCCUCCGGUUCCAUGGAUACAAACAUUAAGUUAUGGGAUGUGAGGAGGAAAGGGUGUGUGUUCAGGUAUAAGGGUCAUACUCAAGCAGUGCGUUGUCUGGCCUUUAGCCCUGAUGGAAAGUGGCUUGCUUCAGCCAGUGAUGACAGCACGAUUAAGUUAUGGGAUUUAACGGCUGGAAAGAUGAUCACAGAAUUCACAGCACACACAUCAGCGGUUUCUGUUGUCCAGUUCCACCCAAAUGAGUACCUUCUGGCUUCAGGGAGUGCUGACAGGACCAUAAAGUUAUGGGAUCUGGAGAAAUUCAAGAUGAUUGGCUCAUCUGAGGGUGAAACAUCUGGAAGGUGUGUGGUGUUCAGUCCUGAUGGAAUCUGUUUGUACAGUGGCUCAGAUGACACGUUGCGUGUAUAUGGCUGGGAGCCAGACUGCUGCUUUGAUGUGGUACAUGUAGGCUGGGGCAAAGUGGUUGACUUUGCAAUCUGUAGCAAUCAAAUGAUUGGAGUGUCAUGCAACCAAUCGAAUGUGAGCUUGUAUGGUGUGGAUCUGGACCGAGUGAAGAAAUCAGGAGCUGUCCAAGAACAAAUCCAGGGUGGCAAGUCGCUUGCGGCACCCAUUCCUAUAGGAGGAACAUUAAGGCGUAAUUAUGAGCGUCCCACCACAUCCUGCAGCAGACAGAAAAUGAAACAGAAUGCAGAUGGAGACAGAUGUGUUGAGGGGGAGAGGCGCAGCCUGAGCAGCGAAGAUGAGCAUGAUGAGGAGAGCAGAGCAGAAAUCACAAAUCCAGAUGAUUAUAAAGAGAUCUUUCAGCCCCGCAAUGCUAUCUCACGAACACCUCCCAAAAGGAGUGAACCCUUCUCUGCACGACUUGUGGAAGAAAGUUUCCCGGUGAAGCCCCAUUUAGCAGAAGAAAUCACAGCAAUGUUGCCUGAUCAACCAAAGGCCCCCAAUGCUUCCUCCACAGUAGUGACCACAGCUCCAUUGCAGCCUGCUUCUGUGGUAACAACGUCAGUCCCAAGGCAUGUUGUCAUGACAUCCAAAGCCAAACCCAGUUUAGCUGUUAGCCCCUCCACACUCAUCGAGCCACUCAGCCUUAUUUUUGGGGACAUUUUACAACCUGGACUAAGUGGAAAGACUAGUGUCACAGCAGAUGAAGAGGCAUUGGUUCAGAUCAGAAAAGGCCAUAGCACUAUGUGUGUGAUGUUGACUAGCAGACACAAAAACCUUGACACAGUACGGGCUCUCUGGGCUGGUGGUGACAUCAAGAUAUCACUUGAUUCUGCUAUGUCCAUGAAUGACCUGUCUAUUGUGGUGGACAUCCUCAAUAUAAUUAACCUCAAACCGUCACUCUGGAAACUAGACACCUGCAUUUCCAUCUUGCCUCAGCUUGAGGAGCUACUACAGAGCAAAUACGAAAGGAACAAGACAACAAUUGUUUAAGGUGAGCACAGGCUCUCUUGCUAUUGGUGAUGAUCAGAUUAUUCCAGCUCAAAAGGCCAAGAAUCUGGGCUGCUGGUUUGAUCAGCAACUUGGUAUGGGGGACACACAUCAGUAAGAUUUGUAGUGCGUCUUAUUUUCAUUUGCACAACAUUAAAUGCAUUAGAAAGUUUCUGUCAACUGAAUCAACUAAGAAGUUGGUGCAUGGUCUAGUCAUUAGUAGAACUGACUACUACAAUAGUUUAUUAUAUGGUUUGCUGCAAACACAGCUGUCUAAGUUACAGCAUGUCCAGAACACAGCUGUGCGCCUUAUUUGCAAUGUUUCCCGUUUUGAUCAUAGAUCGCCUGUGCUUUUUUAAGCUUCACUGGCUGCCAGUGCAAUUUAGAAUUAAAUUUAAGAUACUAGUAAUUACAUUUAAGGCUAUUCACGGGCUAGUGCUGGACUAUAUUAAUGACUCAUCAUUAAGGGUACAUCACACUAUUCUUUGAGAUCAAAUAAUGGGCUUCUCCUUGAGUUGCCAAGAGAGUGAACAAAGAGGACAUUGGGGGACAGGGCUUUUUGUUCUGCCGCCCCAAAACUGUGGAACUCAUUACCAAGUAUUAUUCGUGACUGUAGAACUUUGGACAAUUUUAGGAAUAUGUUGAAGACGCAUUUAAGUUAGCUUUUAUAAAUAAGAUUUAAUCAGACUUGUAUUUCAUCUCAUCUCAUUAUCUCUAGCUGCUUUAUCCUGUUCUACAGGGUCGCAGGCAAGCUGGAGCCUAUCCCAGCUGACUAUGGGCGAAAGGCGGGGUACACCCUGGACAAGUCGCCAGGUCAUCACAGGGCUGACACAUAGACACAGACAACCAUUCACACCUACGGUAAAUUUAGUGUCACCAGUUAACCUAACCUGCAUGUCUUUGGACUGUGGGGGAAACCGGAGCACCCGGAGGAAACCCAUGCGGACGCGGGGAGAACAUGCAAACUCCGCACAGAAAGGCCCUCAUCGGCCACGGGGCUCGAACCCGGACCUUCUUGCUGUGAGGCGACAGCGCUAACUACUACACCACCGUGCUGCCCCAGACUUGUAUUUAAUUUUUAAAAUAUAUUUUUAUCAUAGUUUUAGCUCAUUUUUAUAUUAUUGUAUAUUUUUAGCUUUUAAUAAGUAGAUAUUGUUUUAUGGUUGUUUUCUAGUUAAUCUUUGUGACACGCAAGUGAUCAUAUAUUCAUGCAGCCUGCGCACUAUAAUUGUAUAUUAUUAUUAUUGGCUGAUUUGGAUAACUACAUGUGUCCAGGUGUUCCUAAUAUACUGGACAUCAGUGAGGCUCAACUCUUAUUGAAACAGUCACACUUGUGAAGGAAUUUUUCUAGUGCUGCAAGCAAUUACUGCUUAACAGGACUGUGCAGUACAAUAACAACUGGAGGUUUUGGAUAACAGCUGGAUGAUUUUUGUAAUGCAAUAAUUUUGCACAUUUUCUUGAAGGUAAUUAUUAAUAAUUCUGUAGUUCACUAUUUCAUGAUCUCCCUCUCCUUCUCUCUGCU